AUCUUAUUCACAGUCAUCAAUCCAUCAUCAUGGGUCGCGACUUUUACCGCAUCCUCGGUGUUCCGAAAGACGUCUCGGACGACGAUCUGAAGAAAGCGUACCGCAAGCUUGCGCUCAAGUACCAUCCCGACAAGAACAAGGAGAAGGGCGCAGAGGAGCGCUUCAAGGAAAUCGCAGAGGCCUACGAGGUCUUGUCAGACGCCGACAAGAAGGCUGCUUACGAUCGAUAUGGCGAAGAUGGCCUGAAGGCUGGUGCCGGUGGCUCGUCGGGCCACACCGAUCCCAAUGAUGUUUUCCGCCAAUUCUUUUCAGGUGGCCGUGGCGGCGGCGGCGGCAUUGACUUGAGCGACCUUUUCGGCAUGGGCGGCAUGGGCGGUAUGGGCGGCAUGGGCGGCAUGGGCGGCAUGGGCAUGGGCGGUGGCCAUCGGUCGGCCCGUCAUCCCGGCGGCCAUGGUCACGGCUUUGGCGGACAACACUCGCACUACCAAGCGAACGAUUCGGAUGAAGAAGAAGCACCCCUUGAGCAAGAUCCGGCCAUCGAGCGCGAUUUGCCAGUCUCGCUGGAAGACUUGUUUUCCGGCUGCACAAAGAAGAUGAAAAUCUCGCGCAAAGUGUAUCAGAACCAGUACAAUUAUUCGACGGAUGAGAAGGUGCUUACAAUCGACAUUCGUCGAGGCUGGAAGAGUGGCACCAAGAUCCGCUUCCCCAAGGAGGGUGACAAGAAGCCCACGUCCAUUCCCGCCGAUAUUGUCUUUAUUGUCAAAGAAAAGCCUCACAGCCGGUUUUCGCGAGAGGGCGACAACUUGAUCUACACCCACAACAUUACGCUGCUCCAGGCGCUCGAGGGUAAUGUUCAAGUGCAACUCCAAUCCAUUGACGACAAGCCACUUCAAGCUGUGCAGCGCGAUCCCGUCAACCCAACAACCGAGCUGCGUAUUCCUAACGAAGGCAUGCCGCAAUCCAAGCAGCCGACAACGCGUGGUGACUUGAUUGUUCGGUUUGCCAUUUCAUUCCCCACUCAGCGACUAUCGCCCGAGCAGCUCGCCUUGUUGCGCAGCGCACUAGCUCAAUAAGCAUCUUUGGAAAAGUUCCCUCCGCGAAGCAGGGGCGUGUUCUCAAACUGCCCUUUUUCUCUCAUUGCGUUUUGAUGGAUGAAAUUAUCAUGAAUUCAAUAUACUUUUGCUUUGGUUGCUGACAAGACCGUGAUCGACGGUCCUCG